CAUAAUAGUGCUACCAAUAAACAUACGGGAACUAUAAAGUGAAUACAGCAAAUAAUUUUCUGUCAACUUCAAUCGUCAAAAACUUGAAAGAAUCGUGAAAUAGAAGAAUCUAGCAAAUUGUAAAUUACAACGGGUAAAAGUGGCAAACGAACGCACUACAUCAGUUUUAGAUAAAAACGCGAGUUUAUAUCGCAAAAACCAUGCAAAAUAAGACGCAUGUUAAGAUUUUGGUCACUCCAAUGCGAACAAAACCAGAUGAUAACUAAACGAGUGAGCAGACCGAGUGUAAAUGUGAGUGCUAGUGCGAGUAAGACAGAACGAGUCGAGUAGAGAUAUCAAAAGAAGGAAAAAAAAAUUCAGAUUAAAACCCGAAGAAAAGUCUCGCUAAUUCAUUACGAAUUUAGGAGAAUUCGUAAAUCUAUACAUAUAUAUAAAUCUAUAUUUACUAUAUAUAAAAUACUCAGUCCAUGGCCGAUUCACUGCUAAUUGAGGAGCCUCAUCCCUAUAUCGAGGAUGUGGCUGCCUCUGUUAUUGUCGAGCCCACAGCUGUAGGAGGAGGUGGUGGCCCCGGCACUUUGCCUGCUGCUGCAAUGCAAUUCGCAGAUCUCACAGAGAGCGGCAGCGAAAGCGGCGACGAUGUGAGCAGCGGUCCACAUUUGCAGCCGUCGUCCCAGCAGCAGCAGCAGCAGCAACAACAAACACAACAACAACAACAGCUGCAGCAACAACAGCUGGAGCAUGGCUCAUCCGGACGCUCGUCACCGCCACCAAAUUGUGCCAUUUGCUUGUCCCGCUGCAGGCGCAAAUGCUUCACCGACUCCUGCAUGCAUCAGUUCUGCUUCAAGUGUCUGUGCGAGUGGAGCAAGAUCAAGGCUGAGUGCCCGCUCUGCAAGCAGCCCUUCAAGACCAUCAUCCACAACGUCCGCACCUUGGACGACUACGAUCGCUAUCCGGUGCAGUCCAACACGCCGGAGCAUUCAUCUGUCAGCUUUCACAUUGUCAACAUUAGACGACAGCGCUAUCUGAACCAAGGUGUGCUGACCAAUGACAUCGAUGCCGGUGCCACAGACGAUUCACUGGACGGCCUCCUUCCACAUCCCACUCGCAUGCAGGGGCCCUUCAAUCGCUUCGAGCCGUAUCGCACAGAGUUGCUGAAUUUCUAUCGUCAUGAUCAGGAUGCGGGCGGUUCGGGCUCACUAAGUCAGCUGUGGCGUCGCUAUGUCUACGACAGGAAGCUCUACGCGUUGCCUGUGUGCGACAGUCUAACGGGACAGUUUCGUGAGUGGAGCGCACGCUUCUACAGAGACAACCCCGCACAGAUGCAUCGCCUGAUGCCCUGGAUCAAUCGGGAUAUUGUCUGCCUGUUGCGCAACUUGCCGCAGAAUGUGAGCGAAGUGAUGCAGCUGAUGCACGACAUCCUGCCCAUGAUCAAUAUACCGACCCGCACAUUCCGUCGCCGCCUGACACCCUACCUGGGCGAACGCACCAAUCACUUCAUCCACGAGCUGUUCAAUUUCGCACGCUCGCCCUACGACAUGGUUGGCUAUGAUCGGGUGGUGCAAUACUCGGCACGUGUGGCCGAGGAAGUGGAGGUGGAUCUGCUCGACUUGGUGUCCGGCAAUAACGAAGGCAGCGCAGCAACGGCCACUGAGGGCAACGGCGGUGGCGUCGGCGUCGGCGGCGGCGGGGAUGGCGCUGUCAAUGCUAGCGCUGAAGCUGUCAGCGAGUGGAGCCGCCUGCCACGCCCCUCGACUAGCGUUAUCGUGACCAAUCCCAGUGCAACACAUUCCUUUAGCGUAACCAUGGCCACCGAUGGCAGCGAGCUGCCAGGGAUUUCGAUACGUCGCACCACCACCUCCAAUGUGGGCUCCCAGACGGUGGCCAUCAAUCUGAGCAUGCGCCGGCCGGCCAACGAGAUCAUCGAGAUCGGCGAUGAUGGCGAUGCGGAGGCCAAUGCCGAGGUGGCCGCCAUCAAUGAUGGCACCGGGCAGACGGGACGACGCCAGGCGGGCGCCAGUCUGCCCAUCAGUGCGCACAUCGAGCUGCAGAGCAGCGACUGCAGCAACAGCAGCGACGAUGAUGAAUGCGUCUUUGUGCUGGAGCGCAAGCCGCCGCAUUUGCGCACACCUGAGCUGGUUAGCCUGGACUCCAACAGUGAUUCGGACGUGGUCUUUGUGGAUGAGCAGAGGCCACAGACUUCGUCCUCGUCGCCUGCCAAGGCAACAGAUGCUGCAGCUGGUGCGCGUGAGGCCGCCAAUGCGGAGGCAUCAAUUGAUGACAGCGUGCCCAGUGAGCUGUUCAUGGGUCCCUCGACCAGCACGGGCGUCUGCUCCAACUCGCACAGCCGCUGGAUGGUGGUGCGUCGCAAGGAUCUGUUGCAGCGCAACGGCUUGCCCAAACGCCAUGCGACACGUUCGCAGCAUCGCCACAGCCAAGUGGCAGCAGCUGCCGGCGGUUUCAGCAGCAGCAGCAGCAGCGGCAGCAGCGGCGCCAACUGGAUCAACAGCAGCAGCAGCAGCAGCAGCGAGGACAGCAGCGAUGAGUCCAAUGUGAAGUUGAGGAAGAGGCGACCAGCGCGCAAGACUAAAACGCGCAAGCGUGUGGCCCGCACCAACAGCAGCAACAAAUUCAAGAACAAACGGCGACGCAAGCAGCAGCAGCAGCAGCCGGUGGAGGAUGAUGAUGAGGAUGCGGAUGAGCCGCCACGAUUGCGCAUGCCAAGCAGGAGCAAGAGCAAGAGCAACGACAGGAACGACAACAACAACAGCAGCAGCAGCGGAGACGAAAGCAGCGAUGCAGCAGGUAACAAAGCAAAGAGGAAGCGCAAYAAUGUGAGCAGCAGCAGCAACGAUGAGAGCAACAGCAGCGAUGAUGACAGCUCGGACAAUCUAAAGCUGAGCACACUCAGAGAGCACAUUAAAAUAGAGCUCAAGCCGCACAAGAAUGAGCUGAAAGCCGAGCAGCCAGAAGAGCCAGAAGCAGAGGCAGGGGCAGAGGAGGCAGUGGAGCAGCAGCAGAACCACCACACAGCAGAGCCACUGCUGAAUAUAAAGAGCAGCAUGCGUAAACGACGUCGCAGCUGCAACAGCAACAGCAGCCAGCUGAGUAAUCUGUCCAGUCACAGCAACAGCCAGAGCGUGAAUAGCAGCACCUUGGCCAGUCAGUGCAAUACCAUGUCCAGCUGCUCGCCCCUCAGUCUCUCACUUACCAACAAUUCGGACGGGAAUGCGCCGAGUCGCAUGGCCAUGCAUUACCAUAGCGCCACGUUGAUUGGGCUGCCGGAUGGCAGUGCGGACAGGGCGGACAGCGAGCAAUCGGAGGCUACGGUAAGCUAUUUGCACACCAGCACCAGCACCAGCAGCAGGCGUCAGCGGACUGUGGAUGAGGAGGCGCAAUUGGGCAUUUAUUCGGAUGGCAGCAAUGAUGAUUUUAUCAUUGAUGUGGUGAGGGAGGCGGAGAGCAGCUUGCUGAAUGAAUCUGUUGAGGGAGAGCCGGAAGUGCAGCAGCAGCAGCAACAGCAGCAGCAACGGGAACAGCAAGCAGAGGCAGUUGAGCAACCAAGUGUUGCUUAUGAGGAAGAGGAUCACGGUGAAGACGAAGAGGAGGAGGAAGAGGACGAUGACGACGAAGAUGAUGAGGAUGAGCCUGAGCAUGACCAGGAGCAGGACGAUGAUGCGACCGAUGAUGCUGAAGAUGCCGAAGACUCUCCGGCACCCGACACCGAGGCCAGCGACUCGGAACUGGAUGCAACGGAUGCCUACUAAGACGCCUUGCCGCUUGCUAAAGCACGAACUGUGGUUUUUUUUUUAACAAGUUUUCUUUUUUAAACACUUUUAUUUUUUUUUAAAUUGAAAUAGUUGUUCUUAACAACGCCUGUGUGACGUUCUCUUUUAAGAAUCCCAAUUUAAACUUGUUGACUAUACCUAAAAAGAAGCAGACGAAGAUGA